CAACACGUUCGAGUUAUAGGAACAUAUUUUUUAAAGAAAAAAGAACGGGCCUUUUCUUUUGAGGCGCAACAUGGCUGGAGAUCAAGCGCAAUUUUACCAGUUACUAAAUACAUUACUAUCUACAGAUAAUGACAUUCGAUCCCAAGCAGAGGAAGCAUACAACAAUAUUGCAACUGAGACAAAAGUAGUGUAUUUAGUGGGCGCUAUACAAAAUGCUGAUGUCAGUGAAGAAGGCCGUCAAACCGCAGCUGUGUUGCUGCGGCGACUCUUCAGUGCAGACUUCUUUGACUUCUUCCCAAAGCUGCCAUUUGAACAGCAGAAACUGCUCAGAGAACAGCUUCUUCUCACUAUACAAAUGGAUCUCAGCCAACAGUUACGCCGAAAAAUAUGUGAUGUAGUGUCUGAAUUGGCCAGAAGUCACCUUGAUGAUGAUGGGGCAAACCAAUGGCCUGAGUUCCUACAGUUUAUGUUCACAUGUGCUAAUGCGCAAGACUCUAACAUGAAAGAAGCCGGUAUUCGAAUGUUUACCUCAGUACCAGGAGUGUUUGGAAAUCUACAAAACCAGAAUUUAGAUGCUAUCAAGAGAAUGCUAUUCACAGCCUUGCAACCAACUGAAUCUGAGGCUCUCAGGGUGCAGGCUGUCAAAGCUGUUGGUGCCUUUAUCUUGUUGCAUGACAAGGAACCUGCAAUUCAGAAACAUUUAAGUGAUUUACUUGAUCCAAUGAUGCAGGUUGUCGUACAAUCAAUGGAGAAAGCUGAAGAUGACUCAGCAUUGAAAGUGUUGAUUGAACUGGCAGAAUCUGCACCAAAAUUUUUGCGACCACAACUUGAGAAUAUUUCACAAGUGGCCAUAAAGAUGGUUGGGGACAAAGAUCAAGAAGACACAUGGAGGCAGCUUGCUCUAGAAGUGAUGGUAACGCUGUGCGAGACGGCUCCGGCGAUGGUGCGCAAGCAGGUGCCCAUGGCCGUGCGCAUGCUCACGCCGCUCGUGCUGGAGAUGAUGUGCGAGAUCGAGGACGAGCCCGAGUGGGCCAUGGAGGAUGAAGUCGCUGAUGACGAUAACGAGAACAACAACGUAGUAGCCGAAUCGGCACUCGAUCGCAUGUGUUGCGGUCUCGGCGGGAAGAUAAUGCUCGGGCUGAUCGUAAGCGCGGUGCCCGUGAUGCUGCAGUCCGAGGACUGGCGGCGGCGCCACGCGGCGCUCAUGGCGGUCUCCUCCGCUGGCGAAGGCUGUCACAAGCAAAUGGAACAGAUGCUUGACCAAGUUGUAUCUGCGGUACUCAACUACCUGGCCGAUCCUCACCCCCGCGUACGUUACGCCGCUUGUAACGCUGUGGGGCAGAUGUCGACAGAUUUUGCGCCAGUGUUUGAAAAGAAAUUCCACGACAAAGUUGUCCCCGGACUUUUCCCAGUGCUCGACGACAACGGAAACCCGCGUGUUCAGGCUCAUGCUGCUGCUGCUUUGGUUAACUUCAGUGAAGAUUGCCCGAAACCAAUUUUAACUCUGUAUUUGGAUCCAUUGAUGAACAAGUUGGAAGCUAUUUUAACUGCUAAGUUUAAAGAGUUGAUUGAACACGGCAGAAAACUCGUACUUGAACAAAUUGUGACUACAAUUGCUUCUAUUGCUGACACAGUUGAGAAAGAUUUCGUGCCGCAUUACGACCGCUUCAUGCCGUGCCUUAAGUAUAUUAUCGCUAAUGCGACCACAGCCGAGCUCAAGAUGCUCCGAGGAAAAACCAUUGAAUGUGUUAGUCUUAUUGGUUUGGCUGUAGGUGAAGAAAAAUUCUUAGCAGAUGCUUCUGAUGUAAUGGAUCUUCUUCUGAAGACCCACACUGAGGGCGAGCAGUUGCCUGCCGAUGACCCGCAAACUUCAUUCCUUAUAUCAGCUUGGUCACGAAUUUGCAGGAUUAUGGGCAAGAACUUCGCCCAGUACCUGCCCAUGGUAAUGGAGCCAGUGAUGCGCACGGCGGCCAUGAAGCCGGAGGUGGCUCUGCUCGACAACGACGACCUCGAGACUAUCGAGGGCAAUCUCGAUUGGCACUUCAUCUCUCUUGGAGAGCAACAGAACUUUGGCAUCAAAACUGCAGGGCUUGAAGAUAAAGCCUCCGCGUGCGACAUGCUCGUGUGCUACGCGCGCGAGCUGAAGGAAGCGUUUGCCGAGUACGCCGAGGAUGUGGUCAAGCUGAUGGUGCCGAUGCUGAAGUUCUACUUCCACGAUGGAGUGCGCACGGCGGCCGCCGAGUCUCUACCCUACUUGCUCGAGUGCGCCCGCAUCAGGGGACAUCAGUAUAUAGAGGGCAUGUGGGCUUACAUUCUGCCAGAGCUGCUUAAGGCUAUUGAUUCUGAACCAGAGCAAGAAGUGCAAGUCGAACUUCUCAACAGCUUGGCCAAGUGCAUAGAACUUCUGGGCACAGGAUGUCUUGGUGAAGAGACGAUGGCAGAAGUGCUUCGUAUCCUUAAUAAAUUGCUAACUGAGCAUUUUGAGCGCGCUACAGAACGAAGACAAAAGCGUGCGGACGAAGAUUAUGACGAGGUGGUAGAAGAGCAACUAGCCGACGAGGACAACGAGGACGUAUACGGGCUGUCGCGAGUGGCCGACGUGCUGCACGCGCUGCUCUCCGCGUACCGCGAGAGCUUCUUCCCGCACCUCGACACGCUCCUGCCGCACCUGGUGGGGCUCAUGGCGCCCGGUCGCCCCUACUCCGACCGCCAAUGGGCUAUUUGUAUAUUUGAUGAUGUCAUCGAGUUCGGAGGUCCAGCAUGUGUGAAGUACCAAGACAUUUUCCUCGAGCCGAUGCUAAACGGUCUCUGCUCUGCGGAGGCGGAGGUGCGACAAGCGGCGGCGUACGGUUGCGGUGUGCUGGCGCAAUUUGGUGGGCCACAGUUCGCAGACGCGUGUGCUCGAGCAGUACCCCAACUCGCAGCUAUCGUUUCCGAGCCUGACGCACGCUCUGUUGAAAAAGUUAAUGCAACCGAAAACGCUAUAUCAGCGGUCACCAAAAUUAUCAAAUACAACCAUUCUAAAAUCAACAGGGAUGAAAUUAUCAGGCAUUGGUUAACAUGGCUCCCCGUGGUAGAAGACACGGAGGAAGCGCCGCACGUGUACUCGCUGCUGUGCGAGCUGGCCGCCAGCGGGCACCCGGUGCUGGAGGCGCCCGACGCGCCGCAGCGGGUCAUCGCGCUGCUGGCCGAGGCCUUCCUGCGGGACGCCGUGCCCGACGACAACCCUGUUUAUGCGCAAAUGGUGGCCCUACUCAGGCAAAUUCAGAGUAAUGCUGAACUGUUCAACUCGUGCCUGGUGCAGCUGAGCAAUGAACACAAGGAGGCUUUGCAGAUGGCGCUAUCACACGUCGCCUAGUACCGUCUCCAAUGCAUGAUUUCUGCACCUAGAUAUUAUAUGACACGGACAAGGGCUUGCUUGUUAACGUUGUGUACCUUGAUAUUUCAAUGAAGCAUUGGUUUGGUUUGUGUCAAAGCCAGAUGGCCUCUGGUCUAGGUGGAUUUACAAGAAAAACGUAGGCACUUUUCUUAUAAAAUUUUUCAAAUGACAAUAAUAUAUAGAAAACAAAUUUGCCCUUAUUCGUGCCAGUCGUCUAGGUAAUUGUACCUAUUACUCAUCGCUGCGAUCCUUUCCCGCCCACUACUCGUAUAUUUUUUGUAGAGCACUCCGCCUUAUCGUCAUUUCUGUAGCCUGUAACGCUGCCUUUAUGUCUACCUAUUAUUGUUCAUCAUGAACCUGUCAUACAUAUCAUCUUAUUCCUUAUACACAUGUUCAUUUGUUAGUAUCCUUUUAGUAAUUGUAUUAACUGCAAAGACGAUUAAACUUUUCAAGAAUUUAGGAAACGUCGCAUACGUUUAUAUAAUACCACCUAGAAGAGUUUCUUCGAUCUCACAUUUAAACAAAAAACAAUAUAAUUGUUUGGGCUGACAAAAAUUACUGUGAUAUAUUUUUAUAAAAACAUUUAAUUUCGACAUUCAGCCAUUAUUAAUUAUCUAACACAUUUGCAAAUACAUUCGACGUGGACUUCUUUUAUUAAGAUACUUGCUUUUUAUAUUUUUCGUAUGUAAUGUAUUUUAUAAGGACGUUUUUUGAUGCAGAAAAGGCUCUUAUUUUCAUAAACAUGCAAAUAUUGGUCUACCAUAAGGUAGCUGUUUCUGGCGAUGGCGAUUCUUUGUUGUGUAAUAACUUUGACAUUAACAUCUUGUUUAUAAAGAAUUAUACCAACAAGUACAGUAGAACAUCGGUAGCUUCGCAUGCUGAGAUAGAUACCACAUUGAUUGAUGAAUUAAACAAUAUAUCAACCGCUAAAUGAUGUUUUUGUAUUAGGUAGUAUAACAGGCUGUGAUAAUUUUGCAAUUAUGAUACCUAUCUUUGUUAUUGGAGAUCUUAUUAAAGCAAUAUCUCAGCAAAGCAAUCGAAAACGAGUAUUAGCUAAUUACAUAUUUGUAUUUGAAGUUUACAUUCUCCUAGCUAUCGGCUUUCUACUGUGCCGGUUACAGGUGCACCGGUUAGCUGAUGCGUCUCACGUGUGCGGGCCCACGAAGUACCUAAGUAAUAAUUAGAACCAUUCAUUGGCUAGUUGUGAUACCGGCCUCGUAAUAAUAGUAGUGACAUGCGUCUGCAUAAAUUUGUUAAUUUAACUUCCCGGCCCGCGUCGCUAUUUGCACGUAACGCCUCGGUUAAGCAUAAGCCUACAUAUAUUAUUACGCAUUUGUUUGACUAAAAUUAUAAGUAAUUGACAUUUCA